AUGCCUGGCAGCUCUGCCAAGUUUCCUCGUUCUGGGAGGAUCUCUCUCUACUCUUCUUCCUCUCUCCUCCCUCGCCCUUCUGCUCCUCCUCCUCCUACGCCUUCCUCUGUACCUCCUGCUGCUCCGCGUCCUUCUGCUCCUCCUGCUAAGCGCUCUAAGCUUUCCUCUGCCUCUUCUCGUAAGCAACCUGGUCCUCCAGCUAAGUCUUCCUCUGCUCCUCCUGCUCCUCCUGCUAAGCCUUGCUCUGCUCCUCCUGCUCCGCGCCCCUCUGCUCCUCUUGCUCCUCCUGCUAAGCGCCCUAAGCUUUCCUCUGCUCCUUCUGCUCCCCGCCCCUAUGCUCCUCCUGCUAAGCUUUCCUCUGCUCCUUCUACUUGGCGCCCUUCUGCUCCUCCUGCCAAGUCUUCCUCUGUUCCUCCUGCCUCCUGCUCCUCUGGUCCUCCUGCUCAGCCCUCUGCUCCUCUUCCUCCCCCUGAGUCUCCUCCUCACUUUCGUAAGUGCAAACGAAAGUCUUCUCCUCCUCGUGCUCCUCCUGCUGACGCUGCUAGCCUGUUACGCGUUAAACUAGCCCCUGUUGUUUCGCAGCCGGAGCCUGCCCCGCUGUUCCCUGGACCGGUCCCGGACUGGGUGGUGGAGAUGGAGGCGUACCUGAAGGAGCGGGAGCUGCCCUGGAAGGAGCAGAGAAGUCAGAGAGUCGAGAGGAGGGAGGAGGAGGAGGAGGACGAAGAGGAGGAGGAGGAGGAGGAGGAGGAGGAGGAGGAGGAGGAGGAGGAGGAGGAGGAGGAGGAGGAGGAGGAAGAGGAGGAGGAGGAGGAGGAGGCUAAUAUCCUUGUUUUCAUUUCAAACACAGGUCCUGCAUGCCCUGAACAUGAUCACCUGGAGAGGCUGGAACCAUGUGUCUCUGUCAAACUAAAGCCCAUGAUGUAA